GGCAGUGUGGUGCCUCUAAGCGCCUCGGCGGAGACGGAACAACAGAGGUGAAAGUUCGUAGCUGGGCAGCGGUGCUGGUGAAAACAGGACUUGAGUAGGAAAUAUGGGUGAAAAUCAAGAGUUUAGUUUUUCUUUCCCAGACAGCAAGGCAGCAUACGUACUCAGCAAUGUUGCCGAAGUGGUUGAGAGAAUUUUGACAUUCGUACCAACCAAAUCGCUUUUACGGAUCGCAAGUGUGUGCAGACUGUGGAGAAACUGUGCCCGUAGAGUGCUGAGGACUCAGCAGCAGCUGACCUGUGUGUCAGCCUGUGGACCGUCUGACACAGAGGCCCAUGUCCUCUGCAGCAUCCUGGCUGAGGAGGUGGAGAAAGUGUUUCUCCUGCCCAAAACAGUUCUGGCGAUGGUAGACUGUGAGGCCUUCAGUGGACAAGCUUAUUGCUACAGACAGAAUAAAGCAAAAAAGAAUCGCCACAGUUCAGACACAGCUGAAGAACUGAACCUGCUCUUCCCUAAAGGCUGUGACAUCAUGGGCAUCGCCACACCAGGCAUAGUCUUGACUCCCCAUGGCUCCUGCUCCAGCCCUCCUCAGGAGUAUCAGGAGGGGGAGGCAGGCUUUGCAAUCAUGUUCCCCAAUAUGGACGGUGUCCACAUCAAGCCCUUUCAUUUUUGCAAGAAGUCCAUCUCCCCGACAGCCCUAAAAGAAGCAGGAUUAGUUGACAACCCGGAGCUGCGUGUUGUCCUAAUAUUUGUCUAUGAGGCAUAUAAAUCAGGAGGAGCACGCUUCCUCAGACAGAUACUGGAGCCGCUGGCCAAGAGCAAAGCUCUCAUUGCUGGAGGGCUGGUUGAAAGCGUCUUUUCACCUGCCAGACAAUGCUGUAACCAGGGUGCCUAUGGUGUGGUUGGCCUGGCCUUGAGUGGCCCUAAGGUGCAAGGUGCAUCUGUCCUCUUGGACCAAGACAUCAGCAGCCCAAAGGCGGCUGAGGCCACUAUCCGGCGGCUAAAAGCAGCCAAAAUUCCCGAGAGGAACACCCUGGGAUUCAUGUUCGCCUGCGUGGGGAGAGGCCAUAACUACUACAACAACCAGUCCAAUGUAGAGGCAGAUGCCUUUCACAAGGUAUUCCCCAACACCCCGCUCUUCGGCCUGUUUGGCAACGGUGAGAUCGGCUGCGACCGAAUAAUCAAAGAUGACUACACGCUGUGCGACACUGACACGGACAGCCUGCAGCAUGAGUACACUACAGUCAUGACCCUGGUCCAUCUUGGCUGAAUGACUGACCCACAGUGACAAUGGACAAACAGGAAAUUGAAAGACAACCCGUCGUUCUCCUGUUUGCAACAGCAGUCGGGAACAAGAAACGUUCUGUACAGUGUGCAACUCACGUUUAGACUCAAAAUAUUGUUGUCAAAAUUUCUGCUCACAAAACAGGGAAAACAUCCCUUUAGCCAUCAAUGUAAUGGCAUCAUUUGGGAAAUCGCGUCCCUUGCAGACUGUGUGUGUAAACACAGCUUCAUUGUAAAACUAGUGAGUGUCACAAAUAUCUCAUAGGAUAAGACAAACCGAUCAUCUCUUAACAUUCAGAUGUGAUGGAUCGCUCUUGUAAAAUAUGUGUUUAUAUUUUCCCCCCAAUUUGGCACGCGUUCGGGAACACCUCACCCUCUAACAUGAACCUCAUGGUCUGUUUGCUUUGCAGGUGAGUAAUUCAUACACACCUGUGUGUCCCACUGGUGUUCUAGCUGUUGUAGUAAUUGAUUCAGCGCAGGCACUUUUUAUUCAUGUAAAUAAGAGGAGUGUGGUUCCUCUUCCUCAGAGUCAAGGUGAUCUUGAUUUGAGAGCUCUUCCUAGCUAUGUAGGUUUUACACUUAUGGUUUUUACACUUUUGGCUUACCAGUAUCUACCAUGGUUCAGUCGGGUACAGACAAAGCAGUCACCUUACAGUGCCUCUGUUUUUGUCCAAAUGUCAAGUCAUAUUUCCUACUACCUACUUUCAGCUGGGCUUAAUGGUUGCUUCGUUUCCUUAGCUUCUGCUGCUCUGAAGAGUCAUCCUAAAACAGCAGAAAAGAACAGGGCUGACCUGUUGACUUUGUUAGUGACACUGACUAGAAGAAACCCUUCAGUUGCACCUCACUUUAGUUACUGCUCUUCUACAAUUAUCAGACUUAGGAAGCAGUGUUUGGAAACUGAAGAUGUGCAGUCUGAGAUCAGAAUGUGAUGCAUUUGAUAGAGAUGAUGAUGAUACGGUAUUCUUUGCAAAAGUAAUAAAUAGCAAAGGUUCUUUUUGAAAUCUUGAUGGUAUAGUCUGAGACUAACUACUUAGUUGGAUGUUUGAAAAAAGCAACCAAAUCUGAGAAAUAGUGGAAUAUUGCUCUCUGUCAAAAUUAAUUAAUGCUUGUAGAUGGCCGUGUCAUUGAUUGUUAUGCUGUUUCCUCAUUAAGAAGUAUAUCCCAAUGACAUGAAGGUGCAGUUUCCAAGAACACAUAUUUCUUGGUCAUUAGUUGCUCUUACAUGUUCCGCCUUUCUAUACAAGCUGCAACAGUGAUUGUUGCAAGACAGAAUUAAGUUCCAGUGUUUUGCUUUAUUAAAAAAAAAAAGCGAAUUAGAAGCUCUUCUUUGUAUCAUAACUCACACAUCUGCCCCUUUAGUUUCUGAAGAGGAUAAUUCAAUUGUAUUUUAAGUUAAUUUUCAUGGCUCAGUGAACAAAGUUGUUUUGGUGUUCAUGCACUUUUCUACAUGUGCCAAAUCAUAUCUGUUCUGAUCUUUUCCUCAAUAAAAAAACUUUGAAUAUGUC